GAAAAAGGAGUGUUUUUUUUCGCGUAAACCUAGACUGCAAUUCUGUAAUAUAUCAUUGGGUCUCGUAAAACCGACACUGAAACCUAUUGGCCUAUAAAUCAUUUCUCAAAUUAUGAGUUCAUUGUACUAUGCGAACGCGUUGUUUUCCAAAUAUCAAGUGGCGAGUUCUGUCGUCUCUGCUGGCGUUCUUCCCGAGCAAACUCCAUGUGCCUUUGCGAGUAGUGCGGAGCGGUCCAGCAGCUACGACUCGGCUUUUACUGGUACACCGGUCUCUUCCUCAUCUUCCGUCUUAAUGUCAAGCAUGUACACUAACGGUGCAAGUGCUUCCAGACAGGGCUUCGGUAUGUUGCCCACUGCAUAUGAGCUGGGGGCUGUCUCGCUGAACAUGCACAGUUCUCUGUUUGAGCAUCCGAGUCUACGCAUGGUGUGCGCUGGCGAUCUCUCUAAAGCCCAAAGCAGUGGUAAGGCAGAGCAUGGAGACUAUCAUCAAAACAACGAAGACAACCUCCGGAUCUAUCCAUGGAUGAGGAGCACAGGUGUGGACCGGAAAAGAGGACGCCAGACAUAUUCGCGCUAUCAAACACUAGAGCUGGAGAAGGAGUUCCACUUCAAUCGUUACCUUUCACGACGACGGCGUAUUGAGAUUGCACAUGCCCUUUGCCUGACAGAACGUCAGAUCAAAAUCUGGUUUCAAAACAGAAGGAUGAAAUGGAAAAAAGAGAACAAAUCUACGGGUCCCUGCUCUCCUACUAUCGACCAAGUCAGGGGCGACGAGGAGGAUGAAACCAAGCAAAAGUACCGUGCCCUCCCAAUGAGUUCCUAUUUUGUAAACUCAACUUUCCCAGUGACUCUGCCCGGAGGACAGGAGUCGUUCUUGGGACAGAUACCGUUAUAUUCCUCCGGAUACACUGACCCUUUACGACACUAUCCCGGUUCUGCUUAUGGAGCUACCAGCGUCCAAGAGAAGGCAUAUCCAUCCUCCUUUUACCAGCAAGCGAAUGGUGGCUACGGAAGGGCAGCCGCUGCCGGUCCUUGCGAUUACGCGACAGCAAGCUUCUAUAGGGAAAAGGACCCUGCUUGCACCCUCGCAAGCAUAGAGGAACACUCGUUUGUUCUCAGUCAGGAUCACCGCAAGACAGACUGCACGGGGACGACGGGGAAAAUUAUCUACCCCGAGGACGAACAGAAAUCGCCAGUGCCGGUUUAUCCUUGGAUGCAACGGAUGAAUUCGUGUAAUGGGACCUUCGCUAAUGCCGGGAGAAGGGGUCGUCAGACGUACACUCGCUACCAGACGUUAGAAUUGGAAAAAGAGUUCCACUUUAACAGGUACCUGACCCGAAGGCGUCGAAUUGAGAUUGCGCACGCACUGUGCCUGACAGAACGUCAAAUAAAGAUUUGGUUCCAAAAUCGACGAAUGAAAUGGAAAAAAGAGAACAAAUUGAUCAACUGUUCACAAAACGAAGAGGAUGAGGAGAAGAGGACAGAAUGAAACUCUGAAGGAUAUGUCUCAAGAAAAAGAAAACUAUUGCAUAGAGGGCACCAGACACCACCUCUAAGAAGACUUUCCAUCAUGUUAACAACUGUAGCAUUCCUGUAAACUUAUAAUUUUAUUUUUUGUUGUGAUUUUUGUUGUAUUUUUGACAUGUCAUUUUAUAGCACGUAGUUUUGUGCGUUCUCACUCAGACUUUAGAUUUGCUCUCAAAAAUGAAAUGUCCAUGUGGAACGAAGCUAUCUGAAAUCUGUCAUAUUCGUGUUUAUAUUUAAACGGUGUAAAAAUAAAAUAAAUUCC